CCAUCUGCAGCAAAGUCUGUACUGAUUCACCACUGGGUGUGCAUGUCUUUCCUGGAUACCGAUAGCAUCAUGACGUCCUCAUAAAAUAUAAAACAAAAUUGGAAUUACAAGAUUUUAAAAUACCAUAAAGAUACCAUAUGAGGGCCACACCUUUCCCUCAUCCGCUUACAAUAUAUAGCCUACCUGGAGGAUUGCUAUGGCAACAGGUUGCCAGUAGCGACGGGGUACCACUACAUCGCUGCCUGUGUGUGUCUGCGGGGAUGAGCCGCGCGCCAGGACGAGAAGACAAGAACACAAGCAGUAUCAGAGGGUGAGGUCUGCCCGGCUCAGUCAGCAAAGACAGAGAAACAACCACUGCGAGGCUUUUUCUGUCAUGAAGUGAGGAGCCCUGCGGACCACAAGGACGCGUCUGUUCGUCGCUGCUUCGGUAAAAGAGCCUGAAAACAGAAAACGUCUACCGGAAUGGAGAGCCACCGCUAACGGAGGUUCCCGAGCUCCCCUGACAACAACAGGUCUUAUCCACUGAGCCCAUCUUCCCCUCCAAAAUCUUUAAGCAACCGACAAAGAGCUGGAGCCGAGACGAUCAAGCAUGGAUGUGCCCAGGAUGGCUGAGGGCCUCUUCAGCAGCACGCUGUCCUCGUCGGGCGGCGGCCAUCAUGUGCCUUCCUACCUGACGCUGGAGCAGAAGGCAGCAUUUGUCUUCGUGCUGCUGCUCUUCAUCUUCCUGGCCCUGCUCAUCGUGCGUUGUUUCCGCAUCCUGCUGGACCCAUACCGCAGCAUGCCCUCAUCCAACUGGACAGACCACACAGAGAAGGACACGUUCGAUUACCGCAUCGUCUGAGGAGCCCCGAGGGUGCACAAAUUGGAAAAACAAAAUAAAUAAAAGACUUAUUUGAUGCUUAAAGAGCACUUUGGCCCUAAGAACAUAUGACUGCUGAUUCACCAGGAAAACAACAGCUUUCAGAAAAUCUUCUGAAAGUUCAGGUGGAAAAAAAAUUUGAAGGCAGAUUGUCGGCGAAAUGAGCACUAACCAGAGUUCAACAGCUUCUCCCUGCCAAAUCAGAAAAUUCUCAACUAUAACAAGACAACCAGAAUUAUGCUAUAAGAUUAUUGAUCAAACCACAAACUACCAUGACCCUCAGUCCAAGUGAUGCACCAGAGCCAGUUACGGUUACCCAUAACUCCCUUUCCCUGCCAUCAGUUCUCUUGUGGACUACCUCGGUCCUCCUCCAUCUCAUGUGUGGAAGACUUUUCUCACAUUUCUCACACAGGGUGGAAUAUUUUUUGAUAUCCAAGCCAGUUGGAUAAUAACAGUGUUUACAUCUUAUCAUGUUUACGUCCUUAGGUUUUUAUUGAUAAUGUAGACAAUCAGUGUUUAAAAUAGUUAGUGAAAAAAUAUUUUGCAGAGUAAAUAGUUAAGGUUGUUGAGGUCUUUUGUUUUUAGCGUAUUUUGUCUUAAUUUGUGGACAGCCACGAGAGGUCCAAAAGACUUUGUAUGACUGAUAUGGUUCAGGUGAAGAGGAGUUUAAUGCCUUAUGUCUUUGUAAGAUGUUCUGAUCUGGUCGUUACUUUCUAGACAGUUAGGUAAGACUGGUAUCGAGGUAAAAUAGCAGGUUAAAUAGUCACAAAGAAGGAAAUUGUAGUGGAAAAGUUCUCCCUUUAAUGCUUUGGAAAGAUGUGGACAGAUAGAUGCCAGCAGUGAGUCGCUAUAACUGUUCUGUGUGUGCGAUAAAAAUUUGUCCUUUCAUUCUUGGAGGGGCACUCAGCGUCGUCUUUAGAUGUCAACAACCAAAAGAGAUAUUGAAGAAAAAAACGUUAACUGUGCUGUACCGUGUGCCUAAUUUGAAAAAAAAAAGGUUAGAUUGAUGUUUUAGGAAAAUGAAAGAAAAUGGGUUCAUAUUUUUGUCUUUAAAUGUAGUUUUUUUUUUGGUGUAGUGCCCAUUUAAAGAAACUUAAACAGCUUUUUACUGCCUGCAGUUGGUAUAUUGACAGUUGGUAUGCCAGAUCUGCAGUGUUGAUGAUGAAGAUGACGAUGCAUUUUCACAUCAAACCCUUUACGAACUGAUGUUGUGGCUCUUUCGUUGGGCAAUUUUUCAACUGUGCGCCUUAUAGUGUAGAUUGUUUACAGUAUCGUAGGUAGCGGAGACACUGGAAAUCAGCCAGUCACUGAUGCAACUGUGUCUUUGCACUUCACGGAGAUGUCAUACAACCCGCUUAAAAGAAAAAAAAACUAUCCCUGCUCUUGGUCCUGUCGGGACAGGAAGUAAUCUCUGACCCUUUCGACGACAUGUGAUGUUCUUGUGAUCUGCUGUGGCCUUUUCCUACCUAUUGCAGAUGUUGUGCUGAGGUGAUGUGUUUUUGGGUUUUUUUCCGCAUGUAUUUCUCGCAGAGUAUCCUCUCCGUGCAUGAUAAAUGGUGAAGUGCUUUAAUCCUGAUGUUGUAGCUGUGGGUCAGUUGCUCAAGCAGCUAUUUCCUGUCUGUACUGGAGCCUUUUAUUUCGAUCUGUUUUUCGCCUGGAGCUGCUGUUCUUUUUGUAAUAAAAAUGAUCAGAGUGCA